AUGUCUACUCCUACGACGGCAACUGCCACACUACCGCCUCAUCACCAUCCGGGUUAUCCAUUCAACACCCAUCACCAGACUACUUAUCCCGCAAAUUCGUCGGCCUUCCGAACCACCAAUCUCCCCGCGUCCGCCAGGCUCGCCCCAGCAUACCCGUAUCCCAUCACCUCAUCGCCCUCUUCCAACAACUACGCCGGUGCUAAUGGGCUAAACUCCCCUGCCACUGCUGCUCGUUCAUUGCACAACAAGGAAGCCUCAAAUUAUACCACCACAGCCAUGCCUGUGACCGCACAGGCACCCCCAGCCGAGCCCCAGCCGGUGCGCAAGAGAAGGCGCUCCAGGGAGCCCGACUGGCACAACUUUUACAAGAACGGUCUCCCAAAGGAGAUCAUCGUCAUUGACGAUACCCCGGAGCCUGAGCCUGCUCGGACCGCCUCUGCUCCCAAGCCUCUGACCAACGGUCACGCUGCCAAUGGUACUGGCCACCACGCCAUACCCGUCGAUGACAGUACCACCGCCCACCACGUCUCCAAGAAGCGGAGGAGAGACGACGAGGCUACCCAUUACGAUCCAGUCCACAACCGGAUCGUCAGCUCACAUACGUACGAUACUGCCAGUGGGUCAACCGUCUCGAGCGACAGGACGAGUUCCGCCGCUCACACCACGGCUCCCACCUCGCUGUCGUCAAAUGGCCAGUACGACUACGAAGUCCCGUCGGGCCAGAAACGGAAGCGGACGCGGCAGCAAAUAGCCAACGAGGCCAAGAAACAGGAGCUCAGCAUCCUUGGCCAGGCCUUUGCCGCUUACCAGCCUCCUCCGCAUCCGCCCAAGAAGGCCGGCGACGUUCCGGUUCGAGUCAUCCAUGAUAGCACUCACAGCAAAGGAUCAAAAGUCGAUGAUGAAGACGGCCACUACAUCGUCAUUCCCGACGCAGAUCUCACUGACAAAUAUCAAAUGAUCAAACUCCUGGGGCAAGGCACCUUUGGCAAAGUUGUGCAGGCCAAAGAUCGACGACGAAACGAGCUCGUUGCCAUCAAGAUCAUCCGCUCGGUCCAAAAAUACCGUGAUGCCUCUAAGAUAGAACUCCGAGUUCUUGCAACGCUCAAGGCCAACGAUGCCGAGAACCGCAACCGGUGUAUACACCUGCGGGAUUGCUUCGAUUUCCGCGGCCACAUCUGCAUUGUCAUGGACCUCCUCGGCCAAAGCGUUUUUGACUUCUUGAAGGGCAAUAACUUUGUACCUUUUCCGAACAGUCAGAUUCAAAACUUCGCCAGGCAGCUUUUCACUAGCGUUGCUUUCCUGCAUGAUUUGAACCUCAUCCAUACGGAUCUCAAGCCAGAGAACAUCCUGUUGGCUUCCUCCGAAUACCAGACAUUUACCUACAACCGCAAAAUCCCUUCUUCGUCAGCAACAGUCGCUCGACAAGCCACUCAGCGCCGAGUUUUGUUGGAUACAGAGAUACGACUCAUCGACUUUGGGUCCGCCACCUUCCAGGACGAGUAUCACUCUUCUGUGGUGUCUACACGCCACUACCGUGCACCAGAGAUCAUCCUUGGUCUUGGCUGGUCAUAUCCGUGCGAUAUCUGGAGCAUAGGGUGCAUCCUUGUCGAAUUCUUCACCGGCGAUGCCCUCUUCCAGACGCACGAUAAUCUCGAGCACCUGGCGAUGAUGGAAGCCGUAUGCGAUGCCAGGAUAGACCCCCACCUGGUCCAUUCUGUGAACAAGAUGACGAGAAACGGCGGUAACCCGGCUGCCAAAUAUUUCAAGCGGACGAAGCUUGACUACCCGACCGCAGAAACGACGAGAGCUUCGAGGAGAUUUGUCAAGGCGAUGAAGAAAUUGCAUGAAAUCAUCCCGAGCAACAACAACUUUCUUCGACAAUUUCUCGAUCUUCUGAAGAAGAUAUUCGUCUACGACCCGGCCCAUCGCAUCACGGCCAAGCAGGCGCUGCAACAUCCGUGGUUCAAGGAAAACGCACACCCGGAUGACGGUACCGAGGCAGCAAAGAUUCGGCAGGAGAAGCGAUCGAAGCAAGCUAAGGAGCGCAUAGCUGCGCGGAUACCCCCUUACAAAGCAGAUAUGCCAUGA